UCGAGCAAGCGGUGGUAUUAUUAGGGGGAACGAGGAUUUUAUGACAGGAAAUAGCAGCAAAGUUAUGGAACAGGGUUGAUGUAUAUUGUAAAGAUUACUUGGUAAUGAUCUGAAAAAACAAUGGCUCAACGAAACAGUGCAUCAGAACUGCGACGGGGUGGUAAAUGUGUUACUGUAACUGGAGGUUCUAUUGCGAUCCUUUUAGCCCCAGUAACCAGUCGAGAUGAUAGUGACAUCGGGCAGAAAGCGUCCCGUCGCGGGACUGGCCGUGAUGUCUUUCGCGACUUUCAGCGUGAGAACAAACUUAAUUUAUGGAACAAACCGCUCGCUGAAUCCAUGAGGGAAUUAACUUAUUUAGGCUGGUUUGAACCUGGAACAUUAUUCGUGCAAGGAACAGAAAAGGGACUGGAUGGUCUACGAGAAGCUUUCUCAAGGAGAGUACUAAAGCCACCGAGGAACUUCACAAUCCAUAAUCUUGGUGAUGUACAGCCAAUACAAAUGAAGAACAUUCAACAAGCGCAAUUCAUCCCUCUCACUGAAGUUCUCUGUCUCAUCAUAUCAGAGCUGAAUAAACGAAAAAUUAAUGCAAACCAAGAAGUUAUUCGUGGUAAACUAUCCGAGUGCUACAACCAUAUAACGCUACCAAGCAUGGAGAUCAUCUACAAAUCAUUAACGCAUCUUCUAAACCAGGGAAAGAUCCGGCAUAACGGAAACGGUUAUUUAGCUCUGGAUCAGUCUGUUCCUCCUGCAGAUACCGAAUUUGAUGAUUAUCUUCUGAACUCUGCUUAUUAUAUAAACCCUGAACAGACAGAGAAAUCUUAUUUAAUAUAUAAAGAUGGUCAGAUAACGAAACACACACUGCCUAAAACUGUAUCAGAUAAAAGUACUCAAACACCUAAAGAUAAGCAAGAAGAAACAACACCAAAGGCUAAAGCAGCACAACCAGUAGACUCACCUAAAGUGACAGCAAAAAAGGUUCCCGCAAAACCUGCAGUCUCAAAGACUUUACCCACAAAGUCCCCAGUGAUGCAUUCUUUUGAUGACUCUCUUGUAUUUAACACUCUUAAACCAGAGUACACUAGACCUGGGUUACAAAGAAGUCUCUCGAUGCGUGAGCGAAAAAGCAAAUCUCUCCCACGUUCAAGUUUUGAUCGCACACGAUCAAUGCGCAUGGGCCGUGGCUAUGCAGAGGAUGACCUGUUGUUGACAUCGGAUUCAGAGUACAAAACGUCAUGCCUUGGACGUUUAUUGAGUGGCAAGCACCACUCUAAGAACCAUUCAAAAUCGUUGAAUAAAACUGCUGUGGAAUCGCCAACAGUGCCAGCUAAACAGAUAAAAACUACCGACAAUCUUUCCAAACUUGAAACUUUCUCUGCUCAGUUUCCGCCAUCUGAUAUUCAUGAUCCGUUCUUUAAUCAUGUGCGUUGGUUAAACAAUGAAAAUGCGAGGAAGAGUCUAAACUCAAGUGAACUCUCAAGCACUUUUAUGGAUGAUCAAUCAAGUGUGCUAACUACAGAUAGUUUUGGGAUACCACGCCCUCCAGGUGAAACAAAAUCGUUACCAAAAGACGCAACAAAAUUCAAUGUGUACCGUAUGCAGACUGGGCAGCUGACAGCCAAAGCACAAAGUCUGCAUAUGAAGUACAGAGAAGCCCAGCAGGAAUCAUUACCUGAAAGUGAAGCUGAGUUUUUGAAACCAACAAAACUCUAUGAUAACAAGUAUCGUACAAAAGCAGUUUCUCAACAAACAAGCACAAAAACAACUAAAGUGGACCCAUCAACUAAAGAAGACAAAAUUAAACAUUAUUUCCAAACAUUGCGAGAUAGCAGCCCAAUCAAGAUCCAACCAUUUCAAGGUGUAGAUAACGAAUCAUUUUGCAACGACCCAGAAUUAGAUUACCGCCCUCAAAAAGAGAACACAAGAGGAAGGGGGACUAAUAGUAGGGGGAAAGUACGCGAUAAAUCAAGGGAGAGAUAUAAGAAAAGAAAUGCAACAAAAUAUGAUGAUUGUGAAUCUCAAACAUCAACUUUAACUGGAUCUGAGAGAUUACCAACACCACCACCAUCCGGAAUACCGAAUGGGGAAAUCUCUGACAGCGGUAGUUCUGUGUAUGUUCAAAAUUAUCCGCAUCAUCCCCAUUAUGAUCAGUUAACAACUGAUACGGAUGAAACAUUAUCAUCACAUGAUAGUGAGAUGCCCGUACAUUAUCGAUCAGUUAUAAAUGCAAAUGAGCCUGGAAAGCCACACCCACAGUCAUUACCCGUGCAAAACCAGUUCAAACCCGUUCAUUCUAGUAUCCAAGUUAACAAUAGUCAUGCUGGUGAAAACCGUAGAGUCUCUGCACCCAUUGUUGUCUCUUCCAGACCCCCAAUCCAGAUUCCAGCUGAACUUCCUCGAAAAUCAUCUGAAUACUACUAUGACCAGGAAAUUGAUAACUUGAUGGGAGGAUUGCCGCAUUCAGUUGAAGAGCGACCUCUCUUGUCACCUGUUCAAGCUAUUAGGACAUUUUCAGCUUACCCAGAAUUCUCUGGUACAAAAUCUAAUAGUCAGGACACUUUAGACUCUGGAAGGAACACAUGUAGUAUUUCGCUAACAAGUUCUUCUCAUUAUGAAAGUGUUCAGACAAAUUUCAGUGGAGGAAAUCAUUACAGUCAAAUUAAUGUCAGAAGCCCAGAUAAUUCAAGUAACUUUGAACACAAUAAGCCUUAUAUGAAUGGUCACAAUAACAUCCAACAGGUCCCUAAUCGAGGACCACCUGUACAUAAUCGUAUUGAGAGCUUGAGCUCCACCGGAGACGGUGACAGCGGCUUCAACUCCCCACGCUCGUCGGUUGCACAAAAUCGCAAUAGUUCAACUCCGAUUGAAAUCAUGUCACCAGAACGCUUGAUGGGGAAAACCUCACCGACAAAGUUCUCAUGUAAACCGGAAUAUAAAACUUUAAAGGAACAUGAAAUAGAUGAUUACGAUCGACCUCAAAGUCGCAACCGCAAGAAAAAUCGACCAAAAUCGUGCAUGGACAGUGAGCAUUCAAGCGUAUCAGAUCUAACCGUGAAGACGGCUGUGAACAGCAAGGAACGCAAGCAUUCUGAUAAUAGUUCCUCUUCAGAUAAAUCAGGCGGUUCUAACCUAAGGCGCAAACACAAUGGGAAGAGACACCACAAAAGUUACGAACUAAUAGGCAUGUUAUAACUAUGUACAUUCGACAGUUAUCUUUUCAUUAUGUCAUUUAAAUUAUUUUUAAUAUAAUUAUUGUAAAUAUUGUUAUUACAAUUGUAAUGUUAUUGCUGUAUUAUUGUUGUUACUGUUAUUAUUAUACUGUUAACUUGUAUAUAUAAAAUUAUCUCAAAAAAUGUAUGGUAUGUAUUGGUCACAACGUUUUAACUUUGUUAGCCAGUUUGUGAUAUUUAAACCAGUACAGAAUUGUAUUGAGUAAAAUGAAAAGAAUCCAUUCAAACUCCUUCAGUGGCAUAAUGCCUAGGGGCGACGAAGGGCCCCUACUGUACUUACCCAUAGGGUAGUGCGUCCUAAAUUUUUUUUUAAUGGAGGUAACAAUAAAACUAUAUUCAAAUCUUAAGUCUGUGAGUGACAUAUCCAGCCAUUUAGAGGUGCCAUAAUCAUAGAUUUUCUUAUCUCAAUCCCAACCAUGGUGGGACUGAGGAUGGCAUAUAGUAGACCCUUCAUCCGUGACCGUCUAUUUCAAAUUCCUUGAUCCGCCAAUGAAUACGUUGACAAACACAAUUAAAAAACGAGCACAUCUAAAAUCCUUCAAUGGAAUUGGCGACCAAGACCCAAAGUGGGCCCCAGUAUCAAAAAGAUACAGGGCCCUAGCUAAAGCGUUAAGCCACUAGACCCCUUAUUAUUUAAGCUUGUGUGCAUGUUAAGAAUAAGGUUUUGUCUGUCAAAAUUAGAAACUUUUUUUAGAAAUUAGUUUUUUUCGGUCCUCAAUCUUUUUAAUCGCUAAAGCCGGUCACUCAUUGCGCUUGACGGUCAUUGGCUGACGCAAUUAUAUGUAAAACGCAAUGCCACUAUGCGCACAAUGGAUUGUUUUUAAUGACUGUCCUUUCAGAGUGCCACUGACAAUCAGCAAACAGCAAUGCAUCGCUCCCAAAGACCGGAGCUAGAUUCAUCGUACGAACCGUCGUACAACACAACGAGUUCCCAGCUUAACACAUUAUGUAGCCUAAGGUUUGGUAAAAUGUGAGGCAUUAUUCUGCCAGUAAGCUUAAUGUAUCUUUUUAUAUACCGAGUGCCUACAAAUUUAGUUAAUGUGCAUUACUGUAGGCCUUCAAGAUAUAAGUGUCUGUGAUUGAACAUGUUUCAAAUUCUAGCCAUCCACAUUGACUAUGAUAUCAAUACUGAUUAUUCCCCUGGGAAUAAACUACUACGUUGAUGUAUUAUAUGGCAUGAUGUUGCCUGAUUCAAGACUCAUUGGUUCAAGUCAUGCUUCAUUAAUUGUUUCUAGCAUUUUCUGAUCCAGUAGUGACUAGUCUAACAACUACAAUCAGGCCAAAUAAAAGCACUAUGUUUCUCAUCAGCUUGCAUAUAAUUAUUUCUGGGCGGCUUUCUUUUAAUUUACCAGCCAGAAGAUGAUACCCAGAAAAGCCUACAGAAAGUCAGUCAUCUUCGGUAGUAAUUACUAUACAUGAUGUAUAGCUUGUUAUAGAGAUAUGGGACUAUGUUUGUGGGUGUAUUUGUGUGGGUGUGUCACUGCUAUCUUGGGGAAGAAAAAAGAAACGGGUCCCACAUCCUCUAAAAAAAAAUUUUUUUUCAAGAGAGAAACAUUUUUUCUUUUAUUUUGCUUUUAAAUUCUCGUUACCAUACAUUAAAUGCAUUAAAAUUUGAUUUUAAUAAUAUUUAUUAAUAUAUAAAACCUUUAAAUGUGUCACCUUGCAUAUGCAGUUUUUAGUAUGUUACUCUUAAAUGCUCUUAUAAUUUGUGAAGUUCAAAUUCCAAUGUUAUUUAUGCGAGUUUGCACUUGCUUGUAUUUAAGCCUUAAAUUGGUCAUGUAUCUCAUAAAAUGUGUAAUGUGAUUAGAUUUGCUUUUUGAUAAGUACAAGUAGAAUAUUUAUUUUUUUGUUUUUAAAAUGAACUUUACCCCUGUACUUGAAUCUUAAUUUAAUUAGGUACAAAUAUUCAUUAAUAGCAGUUAUGUUAACGUAUGCUUUCAAAUGUCUAAUUCAUGAAGCAAACAAUGCUUUGCCGUUAAGCUAUGAAAACUGCCGGUUAUGAAUUGCAAAUAACAUAUUGCUUGGCACCUGCAUUAUGUAUUUGUGAUUGUUUUGCGAGUAGGCCCACUUCUCAUCAAGUGUGUUUGAUUGUCUGUGUCUGCGAUCUGCAUGCUAGGCAGCUAGACAUGUAUAAUUACAAGUCAAAGUUCAUUGUCUAAAGUCAAGAUGAUUUUAUUGUGUAAAUUAUGAUAUUGGUGAUUGACAGCGAGUUGAUUGGUCUACGAGCCAGCCAGGCAGAUGUGAAUAGAAUAGCAACAGAGGCAUCUGUACAUAGACAUUCUGUGUGCACUGUGCGAUCUUGGUCAGUGGCAGUGAGAGAAACAAGGGGCAGAUUACUGUAAAACGGUCUUAACUGAUAGUUUUAACUACUCGAAUAAUUCCGGCUUUAUCACUUAGACGGUGUUACUAAAGUCAGUCUGCUAAAACCAUUGCUAUAAAACGCUCUUUGCUUAGAUUGCUUUGAGUAUUGGAACGCAAACAAGCACUUCCUGGUAACAUGAAACUGAGGGCGCUGUUACACUUGUUCGAAACAUGCAUAUUUUAUCAAAAUGAACGUAAUAAAACAUAGACCGGUUUUUACAGACGCUGAAGCUUGCGGAAUAUUUUUCAUUCGAUUUUCAGUCUUCAUCAUGAUGAAAAUGAUUUAAGACUGUUUUAAGCUUCCUCAGAGUAGGCUUUAAAACUGAUAGGACCGCGGUAUAGCAAUGGUAUAUAAUCAUAGACCAGUAGUGACGUCACAAUUAAAGCCGGAUAAUCGUUAAGACAAUCUAAAGACCGUUUAUAGCAAUACCCCCCAGGACUAUAAAGACUUAAAGCUCUGUCCACACUAUAAUCUAUGAUGUCAUAGCAUACCCAUAUAUGGGCAAAUCACAGGUAUUUAUCACAUAAAGUAAAGAUUGCAAGGAUAAGAAGUCUUACAUUCAAUAACUACUAUAAAUUGCAAAUAUGUUUGAUUUCCGGUGAAUCUCUUUUAUGGAAAACAUCACUUAGGAGUAUUCUUCAUCUGGACCCAUUUCCAAAAUGUUUGUUCAUUAAGGAUGUAUGUGUAAGGUAGUGCAACCUCACUCAUUUCUCUACCUUUACUCUACUUCUUUAUCAUCCCUUCUAUAUUCUUUUGCUCUACCUUCCCCCUUUUAUGUUCCCCAUCCCUUUCUACAUUUCUCGUCUGUCUAUGCUAUCCUUCAAAAUUUCCCUAUCAAAAUUCUCUUUUAUACUUAUCCAGAACAUGAGCAUAGGCUGGGGUUAUGCACCCACCCUCUCUGCACCCAUCCUCUCUCCCCAAUGACCAAUGUUAUGUAUUCAUUGGAAUAGUGAUUUAGUUCCACAUUCUCAAUUUUCACACCUCCUCCCAGUUCGUAUUUUCAAUUUCCGCACCCCCCCCUCCAAGAUUGAAACCAAUUUACGCCGCCUGCUUCUCUUAUCUAUGUUUCAGCUCAUCAGUUGUUCACCUUAAAAGCUUCCCACUUUAAUCUUGCAACUAUUUUUUUUUCUUCAUUCUCUCCCUUUCCUUCCAUAAUCUUACUCCUCCCUUUCAUCUCCUCUUUUCAAAUUCUACACCCUCCUUCAUGUUUAGAUAUUAGAUGUUUGUAAUGUAUGUAUAAGGUCAUUGGUAGCUAAAGUUGAAGCCUGCGAAACAGGAAAACAGCUAUUUUAAGUAUUUGAUCUCUGUACAGUAUUUUAACAUAAACUGAACCACAGUGUAAAUGCCUGUCCACACUAUGAACUUUAUGUGACAAAUAUGUUGGUGUGAUAUGUGCAAAUCAGUGUGGACUGGUCUUUAUAUGUUUUUGAAGAAGUCUGUAUUAAUAUUAUCAGAAUAUUUAAUCUUGAUAAUGAAAUUGACACCAAACAGAUUACCUCGCCUUGUUCUUUCUAAAUAUUUAAUCAUAAUUGUUUUAUCCAUUUUCAUAAUGUAUAUAUAUUUAUAGAUACUACAAUUCUUAAUUUUAACUGUUCCUGUUAUAUAAUAUUCUUGGAAAAAUAGCUGAUAAUUUCGGUGUUUUUUUUCUGAACUUGAAUUUAGUCCUGUGGUAUUUUCAUGUGUUCACAGCCAAUUACUUUACAUGACAAAUUGCAAAGGCUACUUUUAUUUUAAACAGACACUGGAUGAUACACCAAUAGUGUUAAGAUAUCCCCUUAAGUAAACAGGACCCUACAACAACAAUAGAAUUAUUGUAUUUUAAUUCCCAUUCGUAUUAAAUAUUUUAAUCAUGACAUCACAAAAUAUGGACAUUAUAAUUAAUGCGGGCUCAGUAUUAAUUUACGUAAAUUUGUAGGAAUGCCACUUGGAUUGUUUAACUUACGGGUGAUUUUAGAAUCAUCACCAUGUAUACAUACAGUAGGUUUGAUGUUUUCUGAUAUAAGGUGUAGUGCUGUAUCACCAUGUAGAAAAAAUAAAUUGUCUUUACGAAGAAUUUUUGUCACAGA